AUGAAACUUUCGCUCAGUCUCGUACUGGUCACUCUAGCAGCGUUGGGCGCAGCUCAGGGCCCAGCCCGAUGCUCAAACAUACGCGUCCGACGUAACGCUGCCUCCCUGUCGCAGCAGGAAUGGCGGUCCAUCAGCAACGUUUUGCAGCGGAUGCACCAGGAUGGGUUGAUUACAAGCUUUGGAGCCGCCCACGAUCGCCUGUUUAACCGCAUCCACGGCAACACCUGCUUCUUCCCCUUCCAUCGCCGCUUUCUCAUUGAGUUCGAGAACAUCGCACGCAGAUAUGACCCCAACUUCACCGUUCCCUACUGGGACGCAACCCAGAGCUACCGCAACCCGGCAAGCGACCCGCUGCUCACUUCGACUGCGCUUGGCACCAAUGGGCAGAACCAGGAUCGCUGCUUGACUGAUGGCAUCCAGGCCAACACCCAGCUCAGCUACCCGAAUAACCACUGCCUGCGCCGCAACUGGAACAAUGGCAACAGCAUCAGCCCCUGGUACGCGCCCGAGAUUAUUUCGUCCUAUAUCCGGUCCGAUACCUCUCUGUCCAGGUUCCGCGAGAACAUCGAGUACAGCAUCCACGGCGCCGUUCAUUUGGGACUGGCCGGAGAAAUGGACUCUGGCUAUGCGGCCCAUGACUUUACCUUUAUGGUGCAUCACGCGAAUCUUGACCGUCUGUGGUGGGACUGGCAGAACGCUCACAAUAGCUUCCUAAUGUACGACGGAACCGGCUCUAAUGGCCCGGCAUCGAUCAGGGAUAUUAUCCCCGAUGACAACAGCGUGCCGUUCGGUGGAUCCACCGUCGAGUCUGUGAUGGUUCUGGGAUUCGGAAAUGUCUGCUACACUUACGACUCUAGCUCCAACCCACCCCAGUCGUAUCCAGCGCGCCCUGGCAGCAACGAUAUUGACCGCUUUUUCCCUGGCCUCAACGGUGGCACUUCGGCACUCAGGCGCAGGGCGUACCAGGAGAAAAAGGAAAGGUGCGCGCAGGGCAAGCCCCUUACGUUCCCGGAUCGCCUGACUCCCGAGUGGAUCAAGAUGCACGGAUUUGAUCCAGAGAGAGUUGAGAUGUUCCACAACAACGCCUGCCAGAUUGUCGAGCUGCUCAACAACAGCACGUACACAUCGCCUUAUUAGAAAAAACAUUUUCACAAUUGUCUAUCCAUUUUCCCUACCUUUCAAUCUCCAACAAACUUACAAAUAUAAUGCAUGUUUUAAGC